AGAACCAUAAGCUCAGUAUUCGAUGUUGUUUGUGGUAGACAGUUGUGGCGGCAAGUGUUCCCUUGAUUGUGUGGGUUGUGCCAAGUGUUAAGCAGUGUGAGUGUUUCCAGAUGUCAUCCUUACCAGGAAACAAGUAGGACUUCUUGAGAUUUCAGGUUUUGCUCUUUGAAAUGUUGUCCAUGGCCAAACGCAAGCGGCUAGAUGGAGAAGAUUGUGGGGGAGGUCCAUCUACUCCAGCUACUGAGGGACGACCAAAAAGACGAAGGAAUGACACAACACUUGUUGACACAAUACAGUAUAUAUUUGACGCUCUGAGAAACAAGAAGAAGGAUGACGAGACAUAUCUGUGCGAGGCGUUCCUUCGUGUUCCACGGAAGAAGACGGAACCUCAGUACUACGAUAUGAUCAAAAUUCCAAUAGACAUGCUGAAAAUCCAGCAGAAGAUUAAAACAGAUGUUUAUAAUGAGUUGGAAGAGUUUUGCAAAGAUGUGCAGUUGUUGGUGGACAAUGCCAAGCUUUAUUAUGCCAAGUCAACAGAUGAGUACAAAGAUGCGUGUGAAUUGUGGGCGAUCUUCAUGGUGGCAAAAGAUCGAGCUCCAGACGAGAUAAACAAGGAAAAACUUCGGCAACAACAGAUGGAGGAGGAAGAACGACACGGGAAGAGGCCUGAAAGAAAAGGAGAAAAGCGUGGACGACCCCCCAAGACACCGCUGGCCAUGUCGGCACCCAUGAUUCUGGAAGAGGAUGGUGAGCCAAUGACAAUGGAAGAUGCUAUUGAGGAACUCUUUGGGGCUGUAAUGACUGCUAUGGACCCUGAUGGUCGUUUAUAUUCGUAUGAUUUUCGGCUCCUUCCCUCAAGACAAAAAUACCCAGAUUACUACCAGUUGAUUAGCCACCCAAUUGACCUGAAGAUAAUAGCACAGCGCAUUGUGUCAAAACAAUACAAAAAUGUUGACGAUCUUGAGGACGACUUUUCUCUCCUGUUUAACAAUGCAUGUGCCUUCAAUGAACCAGGCUCCCGAAUCUUUAAGGAUGCCCGCACUCUCAAGAAACUGGCACAACUACGGAAGGGUGACCUGCUUCAAAUUCUCAAUGCCAAGAAAAGUGUUCGUCUCAGAAGUAAGAGGAGUAUUAACAACAAGAAUUGGUCAGUAUUAAUGGCAGAAUUGGAGGAAGGCAUUGAGUUGCCACUGCCUGAAGAGGACAGUGGAGGGACAGAGAUGCCUCUGGGUGCUACUCAUGAAGAAGAAGAAAGUGAGGAAGAUGUUGAUCCAGACAACCCUCAGUGGCAGCUUUUCCUGGCUGCCAAGAAUCUGUCUUCUCCUAAUGAUCCCAACUACCAGCUAGUUGAGCCCUUCAAACGCCUGCCCAAUAGACGGUGGCAUGCUGACUACUACAUAGAAAUUAAGAACCCAAUCUCCAUGUCACAGAUCAGGAAAAAAAUAGUGAAGGGAGAAUACCGCUUCAUAUCUGAGAUGUUAGAUGACUUCAACCUGAUGUUUGACAAUGCUCAGCAGUACAAUCGGCCUGAUUCAAGAAUAUACCGUGAUGCUGUGAAGCUGCAAAAAUAUAUACAGAAUAAAGCUGAAGAGAUAAUAGCAGUGGAUGAAGAGGAUUCAGACAGCUAUAGUGAUGACGAUGAUUCGCAGUCCCACAGCAGGCGUCGUCUGGGUCGUCCUUCCAGACCUUUAACAUUUAAAAGGCGAGCAAAGAUCCUGUUUAAGACCCUUAUGGACUACAUGACAGAAGAUGGCCGACAGCCUAUUGUUGCCUUUAUUGAAAAACCAGCCAAGAGGGAUUACCCAGACUAUUAUGAGGUGAUAACUCAGCCUAUAGAUAUGGAGACCAUCGAAGGCAAGAUCAAGGGCGACAGGUAUGCCAGCGAGGACGAGCUCAUCACAGACUUCAAACUCAUGUUCCGCAACUGCCAAAAAUACAAUGAAGAGGGCUCGGUCAUAUAUACUGACGCAACUAUUCUGGAAAAGGUAUUGAUAGAGAAGAUCAAAGAGCUCAACCAAGGUGAUGGAAGCAUAGUUAAAGGGAAGGUGUACAAACGAAACAAAUUCACUUCGUAUGUCUGUAGUUCUAAACCCACUAUCAAAACUCUGUACAAUGCUGUUCGUGAUUAUCGGGAUGCUGAAGGACGACAACUGUCGGAAGUCUUCCUGAAGCUCCCAUCGAAGGCUCUGUACCCAGAUUAUUACGAGGUCAUAAAGCAGCCAAUUGAUCUUGACCGAAUUAAUCACAAAUGGAAGAAUGGAGCCUACAUCACUCUUGAUGACAUCAUGGCCGACCUGACGCUCAUGUUCCAGAAUGCAUGUCGAUAUAAUGAACCAGAUUCUCAAAUAUACCGUGAUGCACUUACUCUGCAGCGCCAGGCCCUGGAGGUACGGGGAAGUUGCCAGCUUUUCAGCACACAGAACAAAACUGACAUAUUGAAACGACUGGAGAUGAAUAACUCGGAAUCGGUUCCCAAUGUUAGUGCGCUAGUUCAGGAACUACUUAUGUCACUUUUCAUCAGUGUCUUCAACCAUGAGGAGGAAGAUGGUCGUUACACUGCAGAAUCUUUCUUUGAGCUAUCUGACUAUGAGGAGGUUGAUGGUAAAAAGACUCGAGUGCUAUCGUUUGACAUCAUGAAGCGGCACCUGGACAAAAACAUGUAUACUCGUCUGGAUCACUUCCAAGAUGACUUGUUUUCCAUAUGUGAACGUGCUCGCAGGUGUUCUAAGGUGGAUUCCCGAACAUUCUUAGAUGCCAUAACAUUACAGACGGAAUAUAUGAGAAUAAGAGAUGAAGUGUGUAACCACGGGGCAACUCUUCAGUCUCAAGCUUUGACAUAUACGGAGGUGGAGUUGAAUAACCAGCUGGAACAGAUGCGAAAUCAGCGAGGACUGGAACAGGAAGGGGAAGAUGAAGAUUCUAAGCCUCCUCCGCAGCCCACCGAUGGAACUAACAACAGCAGUUUAAGUUAUAAUGAGGUCCAGUACUUUGUUGGAGACUUCGUAUACCUCUCUCCUCCAGAUAAGAACUGUGACUAUCCCAUUCUGCACAUAGAGCGGCUGUGGACAAACAGUGAGGGCCGACAGAUGGUUUAUGGCUGUAAUUACUACCGGCCAGCAGAAACAUUUCAUCAGCCAAACCGCAAAUUUUUUGAGCAAGAAGUGUUUAAAACAGACCAGCAUCAUGCAUACCCACUGACUGAGGUAAUUGGAAAGUGUUACGUGCUGCCUCUGCUUGACUACAUAAAGAUGAAGCCAGAAGGUGUAGACCAAAAGGAUGUAUUUGUGUGUGAAUCUCGCUACAACAGCCGCAAUAGAUUCUUCAAAAAAAUCAAGUCCUUCCCAUUCAAUGUGGGGGAACGUGUUAGGAUAGUGGAGAGGGCAGAGCCCCUAGAGAUGAAGAGGGUUGACUCUGUUUUCAAAGAGAGAAUAGAACGCCACAAAGAAGAACUUGCCGAGCUAGACGAAGAAACAAAGGUCAUUCGUCGCCAACUUCCGAAUGUGGUGAAAUCUCAGCCAGAUGGAAUGUCGGGUCACACAUAUUACGAGCAAUAUAAUAUUUCAUCAGGAGCCAUUAAGCUUGGAGAUUAUGUGUAUGUCAGAGGACGAGAAUCUGGCAAGAAGUCAAUUAGACAAAUAUGUCAACUAUGGGUUACACCUGAAGGGACAGCCUACUUCCUGGGUACCGUGUUCAAGAAUGCAUCUCAGAGCAACCCAAAUGGAGAACAUCUAUUUUACAAACAGGAAGUAUAUCUCACUGCUGGGGUGGAAACUUUGCCUGUAUCGGAUAUAAGUGGCCGCUGUGUUGUUAUUGAUGUCAAGGAAUAUUGCACCUUGCGUCCAACAGAGAUAAACGAAAAUGAUGUUUAUGUAUGUGACAGCUUCUUAGAUGAAAUAAAUCAGAGAGUGAGCUCGCUACAGAGUGGUCUGCGCAAAUUUAAACAUUCUUCAUUGGUCACACAAGAUGAAAUCUACUACUUCAGGAAACCUCUUGUUUUACAAAAGUUUGAUCCUUCAAUAACUCCCUUAAAGAAGCAGCCACAGAACUGUGAAUCAUCACCAAUGACACCACGUAUGGACAUGGAUUAUGAGGACUCCAUGGAUGGGCCGCCGCCUUCUGUAGCCUCGGUAGACUCUGGAAUUAUUGCUGGAACCCCAAAGUCUGCUAAGAAACCUCCUACUGGGAAACAAUUUCAACAGAUGACAGGAAAGAAGCAGAUGACAGGCUACAUACUGUUUGCUGCAGAAAUUAGAAAAAGCAUAACGUUAAAAAACCCCAGUGCCAAUUUCGGGGAAAUCUCUCGCUUGGUUGGAAUCGAGUGGAAACGCCUAACAGAGACUGACCGCAAGACUUACGAGGACCGAGCCCAUCAGAUGAACCUGGAGAGUGCUGAGAGAGCCUUGAGUGGCAAUGGCCCAGAUUCUCCACAAACACCACAGAAUACUCAGCAAACUUCAACACAAGAUCUGCCACUCCCUAACAACCCUGAUGUGGUGUUUGAGUGCAUGUGGGAGAGUUGUGACUACAUGUUUGAGGACCUUGCUGACCUCAGUGAUCACCUCCUCCUAGAGAACACCGGUCACGUCCAGAAGGUUACACAAGUGUUUGAGUGUGGAUGGCGAGGUUGUUCCCGACACAAAAAGAGCUCCUUGGCGCCUUUUCCAAUGGUACAGAGGCUAGUGAGACACGUUCGAGAAGUUCAUAUACAGAAAAAUACUGGUCGCAUCAUUCAACAUCAUGACCGGUCCAGGAACUUCGUAGCAUCAACUCGUCGGUCACUAUUGUCUCUGCAGCCAACCCCAGCUACUCCAGCGACCACAACUUAUCCCACUUCUGGGUCCCCUCAGUCCACUGCCCAAGGAGUACUUCAAGGUCGAGGAAGCCCCUACCCUCCAGGGAUGGUGAUGACCCCUUACUCUGGGCUUGUACCCAGCAGUCAGAUGGGCCAUCUACCCUAUCCUACUUCAGGUGUGAAUGGGAGUCCAGUUACUGCAAGGUCUUUUGAUCCCAUAUUUGUCGCUCCUCCUCCCAAGACGCAAAGGCUACUUCACUCAGAAGCUUAUAUAAAAUAUAUUGAAAAUUUGGACAAACCUUUUCUCAGUAAUUGGGAGAGACAUUUAAUGGCCACUCAAGAAAAUACAAUCAUUAAUGAUUCUGGUCGUCUUCCUGCACAGUGGCUUUCUACUGGGCCAGGCGCUCAUGGCACUGUUGUUAAUGCUCUGUGGGCCCUCAGGGAAUACAUGAUGAAGGAUUCUCUGGGGAUUGCUAAAAUUUUGUGACCCGACACAAAAUCAGAAGAAGUAAGGAAAGAAGAGGCAGGUAAACCUGUAACUCAGACUACAACAGUGACAAUUCUUCCAAAAAACUUUUCCUUCACUGUUUCUACAUCUGUUAAUGAAUUGGGGUGAUUAUCAGGUUUAAGUAGACCUGAUUUGUGUAGAAAUUCUAUUGCAUUUUCCAUGUUGGAUAGACGGCCCCUUGUAUGAUAUAGCUAUUCAAGCCAUGCCUCUACAUAAUAUAUAUGUAUAGGAUGCAAUUAGUUGUUUCCCUCUGUUUUCUAGAGAACUUUUAAGUAGUACCAGAAAAGUUAUUGAUGUGCAGCUAUAUUACCAUUAGCUCCGCUUACUUGCAGAUAAAGUAAUAGCAGUUAUUUUAAAUGUGUAAUGCAACCAUAUUUAAGGUUUUCUUAUUUUACAAACUUUUUUUUUUUUCCAUUCGGUCAGUUUCAUAUAUACAGUCUAUAAGACUUAAAUUUUGUUUGGAAAGGCACUGUAUAGUCAAAUGGUUUUUAUUUAGUAUAUCUUGGUUACAUUUAUCCAAGUUUAAGUCCCAGAAUAGUAAACUCUCAUUGUUUUGUCACUCUUGUGUGUUGUUUAUAGCCAGUAAAAUUGGUGUAUUAAUUUCCAGUGGUUUGAUCUAUGGAAAUGAAUAGUGGAAAAUGCUUGUACAUAGAAUGAUACAUGAUAUAUUUUAUUAGGAAUAAUGAUAGUUAAUCAUUGCUGAGUUUCUGGAGGGGGCCGAACUGUGGCUUCCUGUAGCCGGCCGCACCGAGAUGGUUCCACACAUAUAAAAGUUACAUCAACCCCAUGAGUGCUUAACCCUUGGACAGCAGCUAUGGAGAAAUGGUCAUACCUCAACCCGUCCUCUUAAAACAAUGUCGCUUUUCACUCGUAUGCGCACUAUGGUGAAAAAUGGACGUUGAAAUUAAAUCGGCUUAUGAAAGUGAUGUACUGUCCAGUUUUCUGUCCGAAUUCUCUGGCUUACUUGGAAAGGUUAGGAGAAAAAACAUUCAAUUAACGGUUUUCGUAACAUUUUGAAACUUUAGGAGAAUUUCCUGCCCUCCAAACUUACCAGAGAACCCUUAACUUACUGUUUUGGAAAGAAAAAAACAAAUUUAUUUUUAAUUGUUUUUCAUUUUCAAAUUAUGUCCAUUUUCGGCCAUAUGGGCAAACGUCCAAAUUCAGAUGUAAUUUAUGAGAGAACAAGUUGCAUACCUACCUAUACACAAAAAAUAUAAAAAUUCCCCCCAAAAUAGUUUUUCAUUAUGAAUUUUUAAUUUGUAUGCAGAAUAUAAACCCAAAACAAAAAUUAAUAUCGUUUCACAGUAUGGAGGCACUCUGGCAUCUCAGAGACGCAGACUAGUGUCUAUUUCUGGCAUUUGUCAACACACGGUGCUCGCCUUUCCUGACUCUGAUUUAUUGUUUGAUGUUUCACUGACCAAUUGCCAAUUAGCAUAAUUACUAACUAUAGGGUGAAUAACUACAUUCACACCCUCCUGGGAUUGAACAGCUUCAUUCAUUAUCCAACCUUUUUGCACGACCGAUUAGCUCAGAUCCACCUGUCACAUCAGGUGGCAGGUGGAUUCUUCAUUGAGCCCUUUGACCUCCUGAAUGUCUACUGAUACGUUCCAAUUUAUCUAAGAUUCAGGGAUUGGUUAGGGAUUCUUGUGGGGUGUAGUGAACUGAACUUGAACUGACUUGAAUACCACUUAAACAUUCCACUGAAAAGUUCUUCCUUUCAGCUUGAAUCUGACUUCUCAAGUAUUUACCAGGUUAGGAUGGGUAAUUGUGCUUACCUGGGACUAGGGACUAGUCCUAGGUUAGUUCCUAAAAAACUAGGGACAUAACAUAAAUUUUGCGAGCUGCUAUGAUUUUACUGCAUCAGUUUCUGGUCUUGGGGAAUUAUACGUCAAAAUGUGAUGUACUAUUAAAGAGGACAGGUUGGGUUGUGACCUGACUAAGUCUUUUGAGGGUUAGUUUUUUUUUUUAGCCUGUCUCAAUGAGUGGAUGGCGUGGGCUCCCAGCCAGUCUGCAUGUUUGUAAGCCAGGGAUCUGGUUCUUUCCCAGCUUGCCAGGUUUGGAUUCCUGCUGAACUGGAGAAAGUCUUACUUGGUUCCAUCCCAGAUUUAGAUUUGGUUGGGACUGAUUUAGACUAGACCUAAUCAGCUUUCCUUUCCCUGCCUCUUGUGGCUCUUCUUCACCUGCAAUGCCGUCUAUCUGGUGUUGGACAGGCCCCAGAACACUCGGCAGUUGGUCAGGCAGUUGUGAUGGAGCCUGAGUUUUCCCCAUGGGCAGUUUGG